GCGGCAGCGGGCGGAGUUUGGCGAGCAGCGACGCGGUGUGAUCAGACAGACGGCAGUGGUCCUGGGAGGCGGCCGCUCGCGUCCCGAGCUUCUCUCCGCUCCUCCGCCGCAUCCGUCGCCGCGCCCCGGCCUCCCGCCAAACCCUCGAUGCAGAGCUGGGCGGCUGCGUGAUGGGGCUGCGGAGCGGCGCCCUGCGGCUCGCGGCGGCCGCUGCUCGCGCUGAGGUGCGUCGGUGCCCGGCCUCCCGCGCCCCUGCGCGCCGCGGCGUCUUCUGACUCGGCCGGCUCGCCCGUCGGUCCGCAGCGCGGCUGAGGAACCUUGAACAUAACUUCAAAAGAAGACGUGAUUUUUAUCUCUGGACUGCAUAUACAUUAUAAGGGCAUCAGAAUGUCGGGAGCCUCAGUGAAGGUGGCUGUUCGAGUGAGGCCCUUCAAUUCUCGAGAGACCAGCAAGGAGUCCAAGUGCAUCAUUCAGAUGCAAGGCAACUCGACCAGUAUUAUUAACCCAAAGAACCCAAAGGAAGCACCAAAGUCCUUCAGCUUUGACUACUCUUACUGGUCCCACACCUCGCCUGAAGAUCCUUGUUUUGCAUCGCAGAAUCGUGUGUACAAUGACAUUGGGAAGGAAAUGCUCUUACAUGCCUUUGAAGGGUACAAUGUGUGUAUUUUUGCCUAUGGGCAGACUGGUGCUGGGAAAUCCUACACGAUGAUGGGGAAGCAAGAAGAAAGCCAGGCAGGCAUCAUCCCACAGCUGUGUGAAGAGCUGUUUGAGAAGAUUAAUGACAACUGUAAUGAGGAAAUGUCUUAUUCUGUAGAGGUGAGCUACAUGGAAAUUUACUGUGAGAGAGUACGAGAUUUGCUGAAUCCCAAAAAUAAGGGUAAUUUGCGUGUGCGUGAACACCCGCUUCUUGGACCUUAUGUGGAGGAUCUGUCCAAGCUGGCAGUCACUUCCUACACUGACAUAGCUGACCUCAUGGAUGCUGGGAACAAAGCCAGGACGGUGGCAGCUACCAACAUGAAUGAAACAAGCAGCCGUUCCCACGCUGUGUUCACCAUUGUUUUCACCCAGAAGAAACACGAUACUGAGACUAACCUUUCUACCGAAAAGGUCAGUAAAAUCAGCUUGGUGGAUCUAGCAGGAAGUGAACGUGCUGAUUCAACUGGUGCCAAAGGAACUCGAUUAAAGGAAGGUGCGAAUAUUAAUAAGUCUCUGACAACUUUGGGCAAAGUCAUUUCGGCCUUGGCGGAGGUGGAUAACUGCACGAGCAAGAGUAAAAAGAAGAAGAAAACGGAUUUUAUUCCUUACAGGGAUUCUGUACUUACUUGGCUCCUUCGAGAAAAUCUAGGUGGCAACUCUCGAACUGCGAUGGUCGCUGCUCUGAGCCCAGCAGAUAUCAACUAUGAUGAGACGUUGAGCACUCUGAGAUAUGCAGAUCGUGCAAAACAAAUUAAAUGCAACGCUGUUAUCAACGAGGACCCUAACGCCAGGCUGGUGCGGGAGUUGAAGGAGGAAGUGACGCGACUGAAGGACCUCCUUCGUGCUCAGGGCCUGGGAGACAUUAUUGAUAUUGAUCCAUUGAUUGAUGAUUACUCUGGAAGUGGAGGCAAAUAUCUGAAAGAUUUUCAGAACAAUAAGCAUAGGUACUUGCUAGCCUCUGAGAAUCAACGCCCUGGCAAUUUUUCCACAGCAUCCAUGGGGUCUCUUACUUCAUCUCCAUCUUCAUGCUCACUUAGUAGUCAGGUGGGCUUAACAUCUGUGACCAGUAUUCAAGAGAGGAUCAUGUCAACACCUGGAGGGGAGGAAGCCAUUGAACGUCUGAAGGAAUCAGAGAAGAUCAUUGCUGAGCUGAAUGAAACAUGGGAAGAGAAGCUCCGUAAGACAGAGGCCAUCCGAAUGGAGAGAGAAGCCUUGUUGGCUGAGAUGGGAGUUGCCAUACGAGAAGAUGGAGGGACACUUGGCGUUUUCUCACCUAAAAAGACUCCACAUCUUGUUAACCUCAAUGAAGACCCACUAAUGUCGGAGUGUCUGCUUUAUUAUAUCAAAGAUGGAAUUACAAGGGUUGGCCAAGCAGAUGCUGAGCGGCGCCAAGACAUAGUGCUGAGUGGGGCCCACAUUAAAGAAGAGCAUUGUAUCUUUCGGAGUGAAAGAAACAACACUGGUGAAGUUAUUGUGACUUUAGAGCCCUGUGAGCGCUCAGAAACAUAUGUGAAUGGCAAGAGGGUGGCUCAUCCUGUUCAGCUGCGCUCAGGGAACCGUAUCAUCAUGGGUAAAAACCACGUUUUUCGUUUUAACCACCCUGAACAAGCACGAGCUGAGCGGGAGAAGACUCCCUCUGCUGAGACCCCCUCUGAGCCAGUGGACUGGACAUUUGCUCAGAGAGAGCUUCUUGAAAAGCAGGGAAUUGAUAUGAAGCAGGAGAUGGAAAAGAGACUGCAGGAAAUGGAGAUCCUUUACAAAAAGGAGAAGGAGGAAGCUGAUCUUCUUCUGGAGCAGCAGAGACUGGACUAUGAAAGCAAAUUGCAGGCCUUGCAGAGGCAGGUGGAGACCCGAUCUCUGGCUGCAGAAACAACGGAAGAGGAAGAGGAGGAGGAGGAAGUUCCUUGGACACAGCAUGAGUUUGAGUUAGCCCAGUGGGCAUUCCGGAAGUGGAAGUGUCACCAGUUUACUUCAUUAAGGGACUUACUGUGGGGCAAUGCAGUUUACCUGAAGGAAGCCAACGCCAUCAGUGUGGAACUGAAGAAGAAGGUGCAGUUUCAGUUUGUUCUGCUGACGGACACGCUGUACUCCCCUUUGCCUCCUGAACUACUACCCACGGAGAUGGAAAAAACUCAUGAGGACAGGCCUUUCCCUCGUACAGUGGUGGCAGUGGAAGUCCAGGAUCUGAAGAAUGGAGCAACACAUUAUUGGUCUUUGGAUAAACUCAAGCAGAGACUGGACUUAAUGCGAGAGAUGUAUGCCAGGGCAGGUGAGAUGGUCUCCAGUGCCCAGGACGAAAGCGAAGCAGCCAUGACCGGCAGCGACCCGUUCUACGAUCGCUUCCACUGGUUCAAACUUGUAGGAAGCUCCCCCAUUUUCCACGGCUGUGUGAAUGAGCGCCUUGCCGACCGCACACCCUCCCCCACUUUUUCCACGGCCGAUUCCGACAUCACUGAACUGGCUGAUGAACAGCAGGAUGACAUGGAGGAUUUUGAUGAUGAGGCAUUCGUGGAUGACACCGGCUCUGACGCAGGGACGGAGGAGGGAUCAGAUCUCUUCAGUGAUGGGCAUGACCCAUUUUACGACCGAUCCCCUUGGUUCAUUUUAGUAGGAAGAGCGUUUGUGUACUUGAGCAACCUGCUGUAUCCGGUGCCCCUGAUUCACAGGGUGGCCAUAGUCAGCGAGAAGGGGGAAGUGCGAGGAUUUCUUCGUGUGGCUGUGCAGGCCAUUGCAGCGGAUGAAGAAGCUCCUGAUUAUGGCUCUGGAAUUCGACAGUCAGGAACCGCUAAAAUAUCUUUUGAUAAUGAAUACUUUAAUCAGAGUGACUUUUCUUCGGUUGCAAUGACUCGUUCUGGUCUGUCUUUGGAGGAGCUGAGGAUUGUGGAAGGACAGGGUCAGAGCUCUGAAGUUAUCAGUCCUCCAGAAGAGGUCAACCGAAUGAAUGACUUGGAUUUGAAGUCAGGCACUCUGCUGGAUGGGAAGAUGGUGAUGGAAGGAUUUUCUGAAGAGAUUGGUAACCACCUGAAACUGGGCAGUGCCUUCACGUUCCGAGUCACUGUGCUCCAGGCCAGUGGGAUCCUUCCAGAGUAUGCAGACAUCUUUUGUCAGUUCAACUUUCUACAUCGGCAUGAUGAAGCAUUCUCCACGGAACCCCUCAAGAACAACGGGAGAGGAAGUCCCCUGGGCUUUUACCAUGUACAGAAUAUUGCAGUGGAGGUGACUGAGUCAUUUGUGGACUACAUCAAAACCAAGCCCAUCGUGUUUGAGGUCUUCGGGCAUUAUCAGCAGCACCCACUUCAUCUGCAAGGACAAGAUCUUAACAGUCCACCUCAGCCAUCUCGAAGAUUCUUCCCCCCACCCAUGCCUCUCUCCAAACCAGUUCCAGCCACCAAGUUAAACACCAUGAACAAAACCAGCCUUGGGCAGAGCAUGAGCAAGUAUGACCUUCUGGUUUGGUUUGAGAUCAGUGAACUGGAGCCUACUGGAGAGUAUAUUCCAGCUGUGGUUGACCAUACAGCAGGCUUACCUUGCCAGGGGACAUUUUUGCUGCACCAGGGCAUCCAGCGGCGGAUCACGGUGACUAUUAUCCACGAGAAGGGCAGUGAGCUCCACUGGAAAGACGUUCGCGAACUGGUGGUAGGUCGGAUUAGGAAUAAACCUGAGGUAGAUGAAGCUGCAGUUGAUGCUAUCCUUUCCCUAAACAUCAUCUCCGCUAAGUCCCUGAAGUCUUCCCACAACUCCAGCAGGACCUUCUACCGUUUUGAGGCCGUAUGGGACAGCUCCCUGCAUAACUCCCUCCUUCUGAACCGAGUGACACCCUAUGGAGAAAAGAUCUACAUGACCUUAUCUGCCUAUCUGGAGUUGGAUCACUGCAUCCAACCGGCUGUCAUCACCAAGGACGUGUGCAUGGUCUUCUAUUCCCGGGAUGCCAAGAUCUCACCACCGCGUUCUCUGCGAAGCCUCUUUGGUAGUGGCUACUCAAAGUCACCAGACUCCAACCGAGUUACUGGAAUCUAUGAACUGAGCUUAUGCAAAAUGGCAGACACUGGCAGCCCAGGCAUGCAGAGGCGGAGGAGAAAAGUCUUGGACACCUCUGUGGCGUAUGUGCGGGGGGAGGAGAACCUAGCAGGCUGGCGACCUCGUGGAGACAGCCUCAUCCUGGAGCACCAGUGGGAGCUGGAGAAGCUGGAGCUGCUGCACGAGGUGGAAAAAACUCGCCACUUCUUGCUGCUUCGAGAGAGACUUGGUGACAGCAUACCCAAGUCUCUGAGUGACUCAUUGUCCCCCAGCCUCAGCAGUGGGACCCUUAGUACCUCUACCAGCAUCUCUUCUCAGAUCUCAACCACCACCUUUGAAAGCGCCAUCACACCGAGCGAGAGCAGCGGCUAUGACUCAGCAGACAUCGAAAGCCUGGUAGACCGAGAAAAAGAGCUGGCUACAAAGUGCCUGCAGCUUCUUACCCACACUUUCAACCGAGAAUUCAACCAGGUACAUGGCAGCAUUAGUGACUGUAAGUUGUCUGACAUCUCUCCAAUUGGACGGGAUCCCUCGGUGUCCAGUUUUAGCAGCUCUACGCUCACUCCUUCCUCCACAUGCCCCUCUCUGGUGGACUCAAGGAGCAACUCUAUGGAUCAGAAGACCCCAGAAGCCAACUCUCGUGCCUCUAGUCCCUGCCAAGAAUUUGAGCAGUUUCAAAUCAUUCCAACUGUGGAGACACCCUAUUUGGCCCGAGCAGGAAAAAAUGAGUUUCUCAACCUUGUCCCAGACAUCGAAGAAGUUAGGGCAGGCUCCGUGGUAUCUAAGAAGGGCUACCUGCAUUUCAAGGAGCCACUUUGCAGUAACUGGGCUAAACAUUUUGUUGUGGUUCGCCGCCCUUAUGUCUUCAUCUAUAAUAGUGACAAAGACCCAGUAGAGCGUGGCAUCAUUAACCUGUCUACAGCACAGGUGGAGUACAGUGAGGACCAGCAGGCCAUGGUGAAGACACCUAAUACCUUUGCUGUAUGCACAAAGCACCGUGGGGUCCUUCUGCAAGCUCUCAAUGACAAAGACAUGAAUGACUGGUUAUAUGCCUUUAACCCACUUCUGGCUGGCACCAUAAGGUCAAAACUCUCUCGCAGAUGCCCAAGCCAGCCGAAAUACUAGGUGACUCUGCUGAGCCUUGCUCACCUUCGACAGAUAAAGAAAGUGUUACCUCUCAUUCUGUUUGUGAUUCUUGACGGUUAUUCUUGUCUGUAAUCCUGUGGCUUAACUACUUUUCCCUUGUCACCCGGUACUCCUCUAGCUCUCCUGUCCCCUCUCUCCACAGUUCUGUACUCCUCUCCUUUUUUCUUGUGCUGAGACUUGUAGCAUGUGGCCUAACAAAAGGGGGAAAAACCAC